UUGACUGAUAACUCAAUGAUUUCUGUAAAUCAAAGACCCGCCAAGUCCCAUCCUCACAAGAAGUAAAUACUGCACUAGGCUCGGCCAAUCCAUAAGAGCUCCCAGCCAUCGUCGGACUUCCUGAUCUGUCGGCAAAUUCAAACUUGCCUGGAAGUUCAAAUCAAGUAAUCAGAGUCAUCAUGCGCAGCUGUUAUCAGACUCGUUGGUUGCAAUGCAUGGAUUCGGAUGUAAAUAAUAUAUGAAUCCAAAGAAAAUCUGGAUCGGCAAGCCGCAAAACAGCGACGCCUAUUUGGUGCAGCUUCUUCCCAAGAACCGCCGGUAGAGGUACUGAACUGGACUAGGAAGUUGCCGCACUGACCAGUCAUCCGUAGAACCACGCACACCUGUUUGCACGCCUGUCUUUGAAUUGACCUCCAUCAACCUGAGGCAAGAAACAAACAUAUAUAAUACACAUCUUUACUCUUUCUCCCACAUCUCCUGCCUAACUUCGACUCCAUACGUUCAUUUUCUGCAUGCUUACUCGACUGUCGUUUUCUAUUUAUAAGCUCCAGUCUGUCUAAAGCCUCCGCGAAUAGAUCUUCUGAUUCACUCAUACAUCUCACACGGACAGAAUCCAAGUCUAUCAUGAACUUCGUUCUUCAACUCAGUGUUCUGCUGCUCACAAUCAUCUCACAGUCUUUUGUUCGAUCCAGUCCCUUCACAACAAGGGCAACUGAAGUUAUACCCGAUCCUGCAACCACCUGCUCCCGGCCCGGCCUUGCGGCACUUACUUACGAUGACGGACCUUAUGAUUAUGAAAAUAAAAUCUCCGAUUACCUCAAUGCCCGUCAUAUUAAAGGCACCUUCUAUGUCAACGGCAAUAACUACGAUUGCAUUUACGAUGAGGCGAUAGUGAAGCACUUAAAGCGCACUUUCUCCCAGGGCCACUUGAUUGGAUCACAUACAUGGUCACAUGCAAAUAUCAGCAGCUUAUCGGCCGCAGAAUUAAACCAACAGCUUGACUUAGUCGAAGUAGCAUUAAUCAAGAUUCUUGGAGUCAAGCCGAAAUUCUUCCGACCUCCUUAUGGUGCAUUCGACCAGAAGAGCUUGGCGAUAUUGAAGAAACGGGGGUACAUCGUGGCCAACUGGUCAUUUGACUCCGAAGACGCUGUGGGAGCGACGCCCGAGCAAUCGAUGGCAUCUUAUAAGGAACUCUCGAAGCAGUUUCCGGCCUCUCAGAUCACACUCAACCAUGAGACUUACCAAACUACGGCCGAGAAAGUGACCCCAUAUGCCGUGCCUUUGUUGCAGAAGGCCGGGUAUAAGCUAGUGCAUAUAUCCGAAUGCUUGGGAACGGGCACCAAAUUGACUGAUCUCUACCAAUGGGUCGGAAAGCCUUCUGUCAGAGAUGCAUCGUGGACGUGCAAUGGGACCCCAGCUCCAACGGACAACUAGUCUAGCCAAUGUCAAAUGUGACUACAGCAGAUCAACUCAUACAUCUGUUCCUCAUCUCUUCACUCUGUAACUGCAGUAAUCCAUACUAGUAUCCUACCUCACAUAUGUCCUGAUCUUACUCUUACUUAGUUUUCUCUCGAAGUUGUUUUGAACUUUUCUCAUUCAUUUUUUUAAUACUAACAACAAAGCGAGAUUCAUAUCAUUAAUGGACCAGAAAAACUCUACCUCUUA